UCGCGCCCGUGCUGUUCCGCUGCCUAAUGUUCAGCCCUUUUGUGUCCGAGAUCCAGAGUAACAAAAUGCUGGGAGUUAAGUGAAGGAAUAGUUUGUUUGGGUUGUGUCUCUAGGGUUUGCACACUUGUGUGUAUCAGUCAGCUGGCAGACGCUGGAUAUAACAGGAUGCUGCAUGUCAUAUGAUUACUGAUCCAUAGACAGUCGCUAUACAACUGGCCAUUCAAGCACAGGCAGCCUCAGUCUCCUGCAACUGUGGAAUCUUCAGCUGCUCCUUUCAGAACAGAUUCCCAAUUCAUUCUUCUCUUUCUGCCAAGAAUACCACCGAUUCGGUGAUUGCUGUAUAUUUCUACAUGGACAACAUAGUAAUCUGCCAGCAGAAAGGGAUGCGUGCCUUACAGGUCCUCCUGAUCAUCUAUUAAUGGACUAGUUCAUUUGCUGCAGAUCAACACAUUGGAGACGGGAUGCUAACGCAAAGCAAUGAACACAAACCCCGCAAUAUAAUCGGCUAGUCCAGAGUGUGGGCAGAAGAUGCAUGCUGUUCUCUCACUCUUCAUCACAGUUAUGAUCACUACAAGCAUUGGCACAGUAGGAGCCAAUGCUCUACUUUUGGUAUUAUUUGCGUCUCAUCUGAAGCUACGCACGGACACGUGGGCUCUUACGCUAAACCUCAGUAUCUGUGACCUGAUUUUCGGGAUGUGUGUUGUUCCGGUUGCGAUCUACAACUGCCUGUUCCAAGGAGGUAUUUUUUCGGAAGGAGGCACUGCGUGUCAGCUGCUGGGAUUCCUGUUUGUCUUACUCAAGUUGGCUUCCUUGAACUCCUUGGUGUGGGCUACCAUUGACAAGUUUGCAGAGAUUGCCUUCCCAUUGAGAUAUGCCCAGCUAAUUACUAAGAAGCGGAUCAUGUUUAUUCUGGCAAUCUUGUGGAUUUAUGCCAUUGCUGUGGCUGCCCUUCCAUUCAUGGGCUUUGGAGCAUAUUGCUACAGUAAAGAUGUCUAUAUGUGCCUCCCAGCAUUUGGCUCUUCAACCACAGCAUACAGCGUAUUGUUCCUGAGCGUGGGAGUUCUUGUCCCAAUAACGGGGAUAAGCAUUCUGUAUCUCUCUAUCAUUCACAUCGCCAGAUAUCAAGCAAAAAGGGGGACCUUUGUAUGCAACGAUCAACACUGCUAUUAUGUACCUAUUCGCUCUUACUUUAGGAAUACACUUGUCCUCAUUGUCUCUGCAUUUUAUUUGCUGGUGUGCUGGAUACCAUCACUUACAAUCAGCUUCUAUGAAACAUUUUACACUCCCAAUGUUCCAGCGAUUGCAAAAAUGGUUUCCAUUUGGCUAGUGGUGCUGACGUCAACAUUAAAUCCCUGGAUCAAUUCCCUGGCUCAAAGGAACUACAGGAGAGCUCUACGGGAAAGUUGGUGGAAGCUAAAAAGAAUAUUUGAAAGCCUAGGCUCCAGUUCUCGACCACAGAAUGACAAUAAUGCAAGGAAUUUUGGUAUCCAGUCACAGCAGUGUCUGCCCGGACAUAAAACUGAGAGACUGACACAUACAUGACUGCCGCAGGCAAGGACUCACGGCAAGUAGAAUACUAAAUCUGGAGGUCAGAGAAAUGACAAAGCAUAUCGACCCAACACCAGUGAUACGAGAGCAGUUAUAAGCAGCUCAGAAACUUUUUGACUAAGGCCAACUUGUUGGUCACUGAAAACAUUCCAGAAGAGACAGAAGUCGUGGGAAAAACAUGGCUUCCAUUGGAUAGACAUACGACGGGCAGAAUGAAAUGCAGGAAAUUAUGUUUAACUCUACACAAACUUAACGGCUAUUCCCAGUGGUGCAGCUCAACAACAUCUUUAAACUGCUGAUGCAGUUGUACAUUUCGUUGUUUCGAUAUUUUCUUGGACUAAAAAAA